UUGAGAAAGCCACAGAGUAAUCCAGCACAGAUUAAUAGAACUACAUUUUACCAGUGGACCCAAAGUGUUAAUGAGGGGAAUCUACAGCAUCUUGAGCUGGACCUGGAUUAAGACUUCAGAAGAAUGUCCAGUGACCGGCGGAUAAACUCUCAGGUUGGUAAUAAAUGUAUUACAUGUAUAAGAACAGCCGUACAGUAACUUUUAUGCUUAUUGUAGUUGUUAGGUAAAAACGCUAAUUAAGCAUAGUUUGCCCUGGAUUCAGCAUUCAUUCUAUUAUCACCAGGAUCACCAGAUUAAUGACCUUUAUAGCACCACAUUUUAAAAACAGUGUUGCAUUGUAAUGAUAAAUUUUUAUAUUCUUAAUAUUUUUUUAAUUGCCACUUGAUGAUGUCUCUGGCAUUUCUUCUGUGGAAGAGCACUGUCUUUGUGAUUGAUCAGAUGCUGCAAACACAACCUGUUUUAUGUGAACGUACAAGAAACUGAGUUCACGAUCUUGGUGUGGCUGCUUAACUUGAUCCUAAGAUACCCUGGGUAUGCUGAACGUGCCUUGCCCACUUACCUUCCUGUUUCCACAUCACAGAUCUGCUACAUGAACGAUAUCACGGAAAAGCAUGUAAUAGACACACUGGCCCACCAUGUGUCUGUUAGGCUUUGUAAGUAAAUUGCAGUACCAUCAACAGAUGAUAUGUCUUUAAAUAUAUUAACUAAGCAUUUCAUGCUUAGGAGAGGCAAAGUGUGAUAUCAACCUGAGGCAGAUGGGCUGAUUCAGGAGUCAUGCAUGAAUGUAAAAGACACGCUGUGUGAAAAUUAUCAUUGCAAAUUAAAUGUCUGCUUCCUACUCUUAAGUAUUUGUAUUUGUGCCUCUGUCUGAUGUACUCAUAUGUCCAUAAACAAUCAGGUAUUCCCACUGAUAAGUGCAAGCAGCUUCACCACAAGUGUAUGUUCACAAUUUUAACAACAAGAAAAAUGUUGUGUACCGAAAUAAACCCAUUAGCUGUGCAUUUUUUAUUUAAACAAUGAUACCACUCUGGAUUUUAUACUAAUACACACGUUUUCACAUGUUACUGUAUCAUAGUAAAGUGAAUGUGAGAAACAUAAAAUUAUUACAAGUUGUAUUAAAGGCAGCUUUUGUCUCUGAUUUCACUCCAGUGAACUGAAACUGCAGUGUUACUAGGGCAGCAUUUUUGCUUCUUCUUUUAAAUGCCAAGUGUUGCAUCAGCAGCACGAAUAGGCCAAACAGAAACAGAAUGUUGUUAACAAUCUGGACGACAUCAUGGAUUUUAGAGCUCUCUGCGUCAAACUCGUGAUGAGUGUGAUCAUCCUGCUAUGUGCACAUGAUCAGAAAAUUGAUGCAGCUUCUCUUCAUAUCCUUCCAAACAGAUUACAGUUCUUUGAAUAUGAAGCAGUGACAUUUUACUGUGACGGGGUUGAUUAUUGUGAAGUUGUGCAUAAAGUCAAAGGGAAAAUAAAAACAUGUCCCAAUACUAAGAAGAGAACACCGACAGGAUCAUCCUGCACCAUCACAAAUGUUUAUCUAGACGACAGUGGGGAGUACUGGUAUGAGACUGAAGGAGGGAUCAGAAGCAACAGUAUCAACAUCUCUGUCACUGCUGGUUCUGUGAUCCUGGAGAGUCCUGCUAUUCCUGUGAUGGAGGGAGAAGCUGUGACUCUGAGCUGCAGAAACAAGUUAACUCCCUCAGACUUCAUGGCUGAUUUCUAUAAAUAUGGAGUCCACAUCAGCAACACCUCAACAGGAAACAUGACCAUCUACAAAGUUUCCAAGUCUGAUGAAGGAUAUUACAAAUGCAGCAUUUUAGGAGUUGGAGAAUCACCAGAGAGCUGGUUCAGUGUCACAGAGACCAAGACAGACCCCUCCUCACAGCCCAGCUGUCAUAUUUACCUCAUCUUACGGACUGUGUUCACCAUCAUAAUGGUGGCUCUGCUGUUGCUGCUUGUGGGACUUCUUCACUCUGGAAAAAUCGGAGCCACAAACCCUAAUUUAAGCUCAAUCCCAUGAAAUUGUAACUGUUAUGAUACAUGUAACAGCGCAGGCAAUGAUUAUUAUGAUUAACAGAAAUAGGCAAUAGAAAGCUGUCCUCCAUUCUUCAUUGACUGAUAAAUUAAA